AUGGAUAGGUAUAUUAUUAGAGAUACACGGGCUGGAGCUGAAUGUCUACAGGGAAAUGAAAUAAUAGCUUUCCCAACGAGUACAACAGGGAACAACAUGAUCCCCGAGCAAUUCUACACGCCUUACGGCGCAGAAUUCCAGCAUGUGCGGGAGACCAGAUACAGUCUGCCACAGAAAUCUAACGCUCCAACGCCGACAAAUAUGAUGCAAGGUCAGACUCAAAUAAUGUCUGGGAUCGAUCCUAACUACUUGUCAGCUUAUUCAAGCUCCAACGCUCAAUAUACGGCAGGUAAGCUUAACGAAAUUCCGCGUAACUUUGAAAGCAGCACGCCGAUGGUGAACAACAAUUGUGAUUUCAAACCUAAGCAACAAUUCAUCCAUGAUAGCAAACCUUUACCAAUGCUGCCUCGGAAUUCCAACGAAAUUCCGCGUAACUUUGAAAGCAGCACGCCGAGGGUGAACAACAAUCGUGAUAUCAAACCUAAGCAACAAUCCAUAAACUAUGAUAUCAAACCUAAACCACAGACGCCAGCUCAACAAAUGCCGCUUCGCAAUUCCAACGUCCCUCCGAAGAAACCGAAUGAGACGGAAACACCCAAGAGCGAAAGCCAAGUCCUGACACGGCUUGACAAACUUAAGGCAUUACACAGGAGCGGGCCGAGGGUCUUUUCAGGGCCCGUCGAAAAGGUUCUCAAAUGGCACAAGGCGCUACAAGACAUUGGAGUGUUGAUUAUCUAUGAGAUCGUGGCAAAAUGUGUGAGCAUCCAGCCAGGAACACCUUGCUCAAAGAAUUUGGUGAUAAGGGAUGAUAACGGACCGGCCAUGCAGGUGGUUUACUAUGAAAUCGACUUUCUGCUGCCAGAGCUUAAGCCUCCUUGUACUGUCAGAGUGGUGGGUCGCAUGAUGGCGGGCACAUGUCGCCUGCAAGCGUUCAGCGUGCGGCCGGCGACGGGCGACGACGUGGCGACACUGUCGCGACGCGCCGCGGUGGCGAGCCACCACGUCGCCAAGCUGCGCAAGGAGUACGGAGCGAGCGACAACAUGUAGACUGAU